ACCUGGGUGCACACCGCCACAUAAAUCCGUAACCUGAUUUCUUCUGCUGACAAAGACCCAAAUCUGCUGCCCGACCCCGUCCUCUCUCCUCAGUCUCGGAGCCAGGGGCGAUCCAUCGACCUCGCCUCUCCGCCGCCGUAAUCUCCUUCUUCACCUCAUUAGUUACUACCGUGAGCUGAGUGAGAUCGAUAAAGAGUGGAGGUCGCCAGUUCAGCCUCAAGAGUGAGGGGAGAGUCUCAGGCUUGGGAACCUUUUCCUUUGGACACAUAGCUCGAUAAGAGCAACACCCGGGUGUCGCUGAAGAAGCAUAGAUCGGGGAGUUUUCUUGGCCUGAGAAGUACAGGAGAGCUGCGUAGUGAUAGCAUGGCUUCAAAGCUUGUGGUUCUUGGAAUCCCCUGGGACGUGGAUACAGAAGGAUUAAAAGAGUACAUGAGCAAGUUUGGCCCCCUGGAUGAUUGCAUUGUUAUGAAGGAUCGCUCAUCUGGUCGAUCUCGUGGUUUUGGAUACGUGACGUUUUCAUCAGUAGAGGAUGCAAAGAAUGUCGUUAACUCUGAGCAUAUUCUUGGAGACCGAACUCUGGAAGUGAAGAUAGCGACUCCCAAGGAAGAAAUGCGAGCUCCAGGAAACAAGAAAGCUACUAGGAUAUUUGUUGCUCGGAUUCCACAGUCUGUGGAUGAGUCAAUGUUUCGCAGGCAUUUUCAAACUUUUGGAGAAAUAACAGAUCUUUAUAUGCCCAAGGAACUGGGUUCAAAAGAACAUCGUGGAAUUGGGUUUGUCACUUUCCGGAGUGCAGAAUGCGUGGACAAUGUCAUGCAAGAAAAUCAUGAGAUUGAUGGCACAACCGUUGUUGUUGAUCGUGCAACUCCGAAGCAGGAUGAAGAAGUCAGGCACCCUCCAAGGAGGGGGGGAGGAGCACAGGGCGAGGGUGGUUAUGGCUCAUACAAUGCAUACAUUACAGCUGCUACCAGAUAUGCAGCUCUGGGCGUACCAACACUGUAUGAUCAUCCUGGGCCAGCUUAUGGAAGAGGUUACUUGAAUGAGCCCCCUGUAUCAAGCAAAAAGAUAUUUAUUGGUAGACUCCCACAAGAAGCAAAUACUGAUGAUUUAUGGGAUUAUUUUGGCCGAUUUGGCAGAAUUGUGGAUGCAUACAUUCCAAAGGAUCCAAAAAAGAGCGGCCACCGUGGUUUUGGUUUUGUUACUUUUGCUGAGGACGGUGUAGCAGAUCGUGUAGCGCGAAGAAGUCAUGAAAUUUUGGGACAGGAGGUUGCUGUAGACUCAGCUGCACCCGUUGAGGGUGGCCCCAGUCGAGGCGGUUACAUUGAACCACCUGGGCCGUAUGGAGCUUACAGCCCGAUGAUGUCUUAUGGCCAGUUCUCUGGCAGUCUUGGUUAUGAUUGCCGCGUGCUGCCAAGUGACCAGUUCUUGCUGGCUACCCAUCUUCUUUCGCCGUUGUCAACCAGUUCAAAUAAUCUGUCAUGGAGAUUGGAGAACCCGGCGUUCACGGCGGAGCUGGACGUCACUCGGGGCCCAUCCUACGGCAGGUUCGUCUCCAGCGUGCGCGACCAGCUCGUGCUCCACGCCGGCGCGAUGCGCCACCUGGAGCUCGUCUUGCUUCCUCCCCAGUCAGAGGACCCCGGCAAGGCUCCAUGGAUCGGCGUCAUGCUCCGAUGCGGCCCCAGGCAAUCGGCGCUGCUCCGGAUAUGCGCAGACAACCUCUACAUCUCCGCUUACCGGAGCUCGGACGGUCUGUGGUCCGAGUUCCUCGGUGGCUCCCUAAUCGCCGGCGCGAAGCCACUCUCGUUCGCCGAUAGCUACGGCAACAUGGCGAGAGUGGCCAAGGCGGCACUCACCCUGGGCAAGGAGGAGCUCGAAGCCGCGGCGGAGCGCCUCACGGCCAGCGCCGGCACCCAGCAGGAGAUCGCAAGAUCGCUGAUGACCAUGUCGGUGAUGGUUAGCGAAGCCAUCAGGUUCAGGAGCGUCGGCGACGCGCUCGGGCACAUGAUGUGCAACGCCGCCCGGCGAGGGGUGCUGCCGGCGCACAUGGUGGAGCAGGUGAAGAACUGGAGGAGCCUGUCCGAGUACUGGCUCGGGGCCGUCCUCUACGCCCAGCCGUUCCUGCCGUACAUAGAGGCCGACGGUAGUCAGCACUAUGGCCACAUCCCCCAGCACCUGCUCGCGCCGGCGAAGAUCGACUGCCAGGACCACGCCAUGAUGGCGCUCGGCGUCGCGCUGAACCGGCAGAGGGGGCUGCAGGACAAGCACAAGGCGGCGCUCGACGAGCACUGGCGCGCCGUGAGAGCCCACGCCCGCAAGCUUGACAGGGAAAGAGCAUCUGCAUCCAGUACAUGACGACUCGGACUGUCGGAGUAAGAGUUUGGUCAGAGAACAUGCUUUCCUAUACCUGGUAUAUUUGCCUUUUUGGCUUGAAAUGUGACCCAUGUUACAGAGGUUCUCCUCUGGUAAUGUGCUAUAUCUGUAUCAGCAAAAAUGGAUUUACA